AUUAGACAAUUCGCUUGAAGUGAGUCAAUUGUAUGCUUCUUGUGGAAAUUUAGGGAGUUGGAGAAUAUUUUCAUUUUAGCUUGCUGUCUAUAUAUACUUGGAGUUGCUAGCAAUGGUUGCUACUAAGACAUUACAACCAUGAGAACUGUUACAAUCUCCUUACUUCCACUUUUUCUUGUCAUUACGACUUUCUGUUUUGGUUUUUGCAAUGGCAAUGCCAACGUGCUUUGCAUUGAAAGUGAGAGAGAAGCCCUUUUGAAGUUCAAGAAUGAUCUCAUUGAUCCUUCAAACAAGCUAUCUUCUUGGGUUGAAGGUGGUGAUUGCUGUGAAUGGAUUGGUGUCUUCUGCCAUAACUUAACAGGCCACGUCCACAAACUACACUUGGCUGCUCCUUCUUCACCUCCAAGUGAUGAUGCAUCACUUGCUGAAAUGGAAGAUUACGAAAGAUCAAAGCUAGGAGGCAAAAUAAAUCCUUCUUUGCUCGAGUUGAAGCAUCUCAGCAUCCUAGACUUGAGCAAUAACAAUUUUAGCACGCAAACCCUGGAGUUUUUCGGUUUAUUGGGGAGUUUAACAUAUCUUGACCUCUCUCAAGCACAAUUCCAGGGAGAAAUUCCUCACAGCCUAGGGAAUCUCUCAAAGUUGCAUUAUCUUGAUCUUCGAGGUGAUAAUUGGUGGCCGAAGGAUCUCGAAGCGAAAAGUCUUCAAUGGGUUUCCGUACUUUUUUCCUUGCAGUACCUUGAUUUGAGUCAUGUGGAUCUUAGUGAAGCAACUGAUUGGUUACAGGUAACGUUCAAACAUCCUUCUUUGUUAGAGUUGCACUUGUCAGAUUGCGAUUUAGCAGAUGAUUCCUCUCCCAUCAGUGUUAACUCUUCAAAAUCACUAGCUGUUCUUGAUCUUUCUUGGAACUUCAACUACUUAUCUUCAAUUCCUAUGUCGAUAUUCAGUCUUCAUGGUCUUGUGUCCAUUGAUCUUGCUUCCAGCUCUUUGAAAGGCCCAAUUCCAGACUACUUCGGGAACAUCUCGUUUCUUGAAGUUCUUGAUCUUAGUUUCAACAAAUUCAAUUCAUCCAUACCUGACUCCUUGUAUAGUUUAAACCAUCUUCGAUUCCUUAGUCUUAGUUUUAAUUACUUAGUAGGUAAAAUUUCGAGUGCCAUCGGAAACUUAAGCUCUCUUAUUCGCCUUGAUCUUUCGUAUAAUAUGCUGGAGGGAAGAUUACCAACCUCUUUGGAAGAUCUUUGCAAUUUGAAGGAGGUGAAUUUGUCAUAUAAUAAAAUUGAUCAAGACAUAUCAGAAAUCCUACACAGUCUGUCCAGAUGUAGUUUGAAUUGCCUAGAGUCACUGAAUUUGGGAAUUAACCACCUUUCUGGCCUUUUACCUGAUAAAGUCGGGCAAUUUAAGAAUUUAGCUUACCUGUCCCUUGCUCAAAACAACAUUUCUGGUCCAAUACCUAUGUCCAUAGGAGAGUUAUCAUGUUUGAAGUCUAUUGAUGUUUCUGAAAAUCAAUUAAAUGGUACAUUUCCUCCAAGUUUUGGACAAUUAGCCAAUUUAGAAACUCUAAGUUUUGGGCAUAAUAUGCUGGAAGGAGUUGUAUCAGAAACCUACUUUUCUAAUCUCACGAGGUUGACAACUUUGUUGGCAUCCGGAAACAUGUUGAGGUUUGAACCAAACUCAAGCUGGGUUCCCUCGUUUCAAUGUGAAACUAUCGAAUUACAUCGAUGGCAUCUUGGCCCAAAGUUUCCCCAGUGGUUAAAGUUCCAAAAGAAAUUGUCCGGUUUAGAUAUUUCUCAUGCAGGAAUUUCAGAUGUCAUACCAACUUGGUUUUUGAAUAUUUCUGCUCAAUUUAAAUAUGUAAAUCUUUCCUCUAAUCAACUUAUUGGAGAGAUUCCAUACAUGAAUGUACGAGAGACUCUUGACUUGAGUUCAAACCGAUUGACAGGUCCAUUGCCAAGAGUAUUCCCAACCUUAGAAGAUUUAAUUUUGUCAAAUAAUUCAUUUUUAGGAUUCCUUUCUGAAUUUGUUUGCAACUCAUCAGAACAGAGAUGGAUGAGAAUUCUUGACAUUGAUACAAAUAUUCUCUCCGGAGAAAUUCCAGAUUGUUGGAAUCAUUGGCAGCAAGUGACAUACUUAAAUUUGAGAAACAACAAUUUGACAGGGAAAAUCCCACUUUCUUUGGGGUAUAAAAAUCUACAAGUGCUAAACCUUCGAAGCAAUAGCAUGUCUGGGGAGUUACCAUACACAUUGCAAAAUAGUACGAGUUUGAUCAUUCUUGAUCUUAGUGAAAAUUAUUUCAGUGGAGGUAUACCGGAAUGGAUUGGUGACAAGCUCUCAAAUCUUGUAGUUCUAAGUCUCCGCUCAAAUAAUUUUGAUGGCCAUAUUCCUCAUAAAAUUUGUGCUGGUCACUCUCUUCAGAACUUGGACCUUUCUCAGAACAACAUUUCAGGAGCUAUUCCAAAAUGUUUUAAUAAUUUUAGUGCAAUGGCAACAAAAAACAAAAGCUCUGGCGACCUUGAGAUUUGGACUACUUUCCAGAGUAAUGUAUUUCAUUUGAGCGCAUUAUUGGUGCUGAAGGGACGAGAGGAUGAAUACAGUACCACAUUAGGACUUGUUACCAGCAUAGAUCUUUCAGUUAACAGUCUCACAGGAGAGAUCCCCAAAGAAAUUGGAAACCUCAUCGGACUACGGUCAUUAAAUUUGUCAAGGAAUCUCUUAAUAGGAAAUAUACCAGACAUCGUUGGCAAGUUGGAGUUACUGGAGUCUCUUGAUUUGUCAAUGAAUAGACUGCAUGGUGAAAUCCCUUCAAGUUUCUCUAAUUUGAAUUUCUUGAAUCACUUCAACGUGUCCUACAACAACUUGACAGGACAAAUCCCAACGAGCACUCAGCUUCAAAGCUUUGAAAACUCUUCUUACAUGAGCAAUCAUCUUUGUGGUCCUCCGGUCAUAAACAACUGCAGCACAAAUGGUGUUCCAACUGAUGUUACAAAUAAUGGAGGUAGCAAUGAAGGAAGUAAUGGGCGGUCUAAAGUGAAUUGGCUUUAUGUAAGCAUAGUUCUUGGCUUUGUAAUGGGAUUCUGGGCUGUAGUUGCUCCUCUUUGUUUCAUUAGGUCUUGGAGGCAUGCAUAUUAUCAGAAGCUGGACAAUGUUGGUAAUAAGCUGUAUGUGUUUUGGGCUACUAGGCGCAUGUAG